AUGUCUGACGAAGAAUCUGGAGAAAAAAUGGUUAUAGAAGUUCCUGGAGACGACAAUGUAAGAAAAGAAAUUAUUUCUUAUCUUAGAAGCGGCAAAAUUGAUUAUAAUUAUCAAAUCGAGUCAAAUUUUUUUACAUCUGAAAAAAAUAAACAUAAUGAAAUAAUUGGUAUUUGGGAAGAAGAAUAUGGAAGUAGAAAGAUUCUUAAUGCUUUUUUAUUAUAUUAUGUUGAAGAUAGUGAUGAUGUUAAUUAUG